AUGAGUUGUCAGAUCUCGUGCAAAUCUCGAAGAGGAGGAGGAGGUGGAGGAAGAUUCCGGGGCUUCAGCAGUGGCUCAGCCGUGGUCUCCGGUGGGAGCCGGAGAUCGGCCACUAGCUUCUCCUGCUUGAGCCGCCAUGGCGGUGGCGGAGGGGGCUUCGGUGGAGGCGGCUUUGGCAGUCGGAGCCUUGUUGGUCUUGGAGGCACCAAGAGCAUCUCCAUUAGUGUGGCUGGAGGAGGUGGAAGCUUCGGCUCCGGUGGUGGAUUUGGUGGCAGAGGAGGUGGCUUUGGAGGCGGCAGCGGCUUUGGAGGCGGCGGUGGCUUUGGUGGCGGCAGUGGCUUUGGUGGAGGCAGCGGCUUUGGAGGCGGCGGUUUCGGUGGAGGCGGCUUCGGCGGCGGCCGCUUUGGAGGUGGCGGUGGCUUUGGAGGUUUUGGGGGUCCUGGUGGCAUGGGGCCUGGAGGAUUCCCUGGUGGAGGCAUCCACGAAGUCUCUGUCAACCAGAGCCUCCUGCAGCCUCUCAACGUGAAAGUUGACCCAGAGAUCCAGAAUGUGAAGUCUCGGGAGCGGGAGCAGAUCAAAACUCUCAACAACAAAUUUGCCUCUUUCAUUGACAAGGUGCGGUUCCUGGAGCAGCAGAACCAGGUACUGCAGACCAAAUGGGAGCUGCUACAGCAAAUGGACGUCAGCACCCGCACCACCAACCUGGAGCCCAUCUUUCAAAUGUACAUUGCCAAACUGAAGAAAUAUGUGGAUACGCUCUCUGCAGAGAGAACAUCACAAGAUUCAGAGCUGAACAACAUGCAGGAUCUUGUUGAGGAUUUUAAGAAGAAGUACGAGGAUGAAAUCAACAAGCGCACAGCUGCUGAGAAUGAUUUUGUGACACUUAAAAAGGACGUGGACAAUGUCUACAUGACCAAGGUGGAGCUGCAGGCCAAGACAGAUGUGCUGAAUCAGGAGCUCGAGUUCAUGAAAUUCCUUUUUGAUGCGGAGCUGUCCCAGAUGCAGCAGAGUAUCACCGACACCAGCGUUGUCCUGUCCAUGGACAACAACCGCAGCCUGGACCUGGACAGCAUCAUCUCCGAGGUCCGUGCCCAGUAUGAGGAGAUCGCCCAGAAGAGCAAGGCAGAGGCCGAGGCCCUGUACCACAGCAAGUACGAGGAGCUCCAGAUUACUGCAGGGAAACACGGAGACAGCCUGAAGGAGGUCAAGAUGGAGAUCAGUGAGCUGAACCGCAUGAUCCAGAGGCUGCAAGGGGAGAUCGCCCAUGUGAAGAAGCAGUGUAAGAGUGUGCAAGAAGCCAUUGCGGAUGCGGAGCAGAAAGGAGAGCAUGCCCUCAAAGAUGCUCAGGGCAAGCUCUCUGACCUUGAGGAUGCCCUGCAGCAGGCCAAGGAGGACCUGGCCCGGCUGCUGAAGGAUUACCAGGAGCUGAUGAACGUGAAGCUGGCCCUGGACGUGGAGAUCGCCACCUACCGCAAGCUGCUGGAGGGCGAGGAGUGCAGAUGUGAAGCAGAGGUCAACAGCAGGACAAAGGCUGAGGGUGACUCCAUGGUGCUGAAGAAGGAUGUGGACAGUGGCUGCUUGGUCAGAGUGGACCUCAAUGCCAAAGUGGACAUCCUGCAGCAGGAAACUGAAUUCCUCCAAGGUCAGGGGCUCCAGGCAGCUGCCGGGAGAAAGGGUGAUGACCUCAAAGUGAUUAAGGUGGAGGUCAACCCAGCCAUCCAGAGACUUCAAGCAGAAAUCACCAACCUCAAGAAACAGGUGGGACACCAGCGUGGCAGUGAGUGCUGCCCUGCAAACACCUUCCUGGGGGCAGAACAAAAGGGUGAGGUGGCCCUCAAACAUACCCAGGACAAGCUGGCCGAGGUGGAGGCCGCCCUGCAGCAGGCCAAGGAGGACCUGGCCCGGCUGCUGUGUGACUACCAGGCUGCUGGGGGCCAAGCUGGCCUUGGAUGUGGAGCUCUCCACCUACCACAAGCUGUUGGAGGGCGAGGAGAGUAG